CCCAUUUCGAACGGUGUCAAACAUUUGAAAAGAUCUGGGUCAAGAUGACUCGAUAGGAUUAAAACAUUUUUUAAAAACCUGAAUAGUCAGGCAACUAGAAUGAACAUCUGUGGACAAGAACCAGAAGGUGACAUAGCCAGGAAGACGUUUGUUGUAGUUCUUAACCAUGAACGAGGGACAGAAGAACACCAUGGUACGUCAUCCAACCAUUACCCAAAUUACACAAAUUUGACAGAAGUUCAAACAAACAACAAUCAUAUCACUGAUCAGAGUACAGCAUGUAACGCUGUAAGUAAAGGGCAGUGGCAUCUGACAGUCUUACCCUCACAGCAGCAAGCGGCAGGUUAUCAGGAAAAGCAGUCUGUGGAAUGCCAGAAGUUCGUUCACUCUUCGUUAGUUGGCACAGGAAAUAUCAACACAACAUCAACCCCCAGUAUUAUCAACAGCAACAAGGGGCAGUACAUGAAGAAACUUGUUGUUGUACCCCUUGGAGAGAAGUCAUCCAAUCUUAGGUCCAGAGCUCUGGAAUCUAUUAACAAAGAUAUCCAACAACAUGCAAAUGAAAGUAACUUAGCAAAUGAUGGUCACAUUGUGACUGAAGAAAGCAAGCUGCAAGAGACUGUCAUUGAAAUCACUAAAAUUGGGGAGCCUCAAGUUGCUUAUGAAGGUUUGCCCAUGUUUUCCAAUGGAGGUAUCAAGACAGGAUCCAUAGCAUUUGACUUCAAGAAAAACUCUCCAAUAACAACUUUCAGUAAAGACCAAAAUAUGAUAUGCCAAGACGCAGGAAAUUCCCCAACCAUUUUGGACGAGUCUCUGACCAACAUUCACUGGUUGGGGGACAUGACAGGAGACAACUUUGCCAAGAUAAACAAAGCUCCCACCAAACAUUAUACUACGGAUAAAGAUGUGAAGAAAAUGAAUCGAGAGUGUGGUCCUCACAAAAGACCAGCCUACUCCUAUAUGCAUCUGAUCCAAAUGGCCAUUAACAGCAAAGAGGACAAGAGGAUGACUCUCAGGGAAAUUUAUCAUUGGAUUGAAAAUACCUUCUCAUUUUACAAGCACACUGCCAAGCAAGGUUGGAAGAAUUCAAUACGCCACAAUUUGUCAUUAUAUGAUUUGUUUGUGCGUGAGAAGACUACAGCCCCGGGAAAGCAUGGUUCCUACUGGACCCUUGCAUCAGACUGCUCCAGUUUUAGACCACCUCCAGAGUUUGCUGUCACAGCACCAUCUAGAGCUGAUGCUGAUACAUCCUGUGUGUUAUUUGAAUCUGUGACCAACUCUCCUGGCUCCUCGCAGCCAACUCCUGUGGCCACCUCCACCCCCUCUCGGGCAAACCCCCUGCAAGUCCAAGGGGGUGUGCUAGGGCAAAGGACAUGUACAAGAUACAAUUCUUCCAAAACAGGGCUGAGAAAAGCACCAGCACCAAUACUUCCAAGACCUAGUCCUCAGACAUAUGCUUUGAUUCCCAUCCCCAACUUUGUCUCAGUUAAUAUGGCUGCCACACAGCUGUCACAGAUGUCUGUCAGCGCUGCCCCGCUAACAACAGCAGGGAGCAAAGUGGAUCCGGGUCCUCCAUCCAAUCGCAAGCGCCCAAAUAGCAGCCUAGAGAGCCAGGCUCCACGAACCAAACAUGUCAAAAUAGCACCAAAUGUCCAAGUGUACGAUGAAAACAACAUCAUUACCCAGGCAUGGUUAAAUGCCAGCUGUGGGGAUAACAUCAGCAUGGAGAUGAAUCGCAGGUAUGACUCUGGUAUAGAUAUGUCCUCAGGAAGAUCUGGCAGUGAUUGCAGUAUUGGCGAGAUGCCAAAGUCUGCUCCAUGGCAGAUUUCACCUAAACACAAGAAAUGCCGUCGAAGGAGGACCAAGAGCCGUCUGGUUAGAACCAAAAGCUCUUCAUUCCUAGGAGGUCAGGAGGCAGAUGGUUUGACUUGCAAUACUCUUUCAGAUUCCGCCUUGAAAAAUAUUUUUGAAAACCUUGAGAAUGAGUUUACAUCCCCCAUCAGGAAUCUACUGAAGACCCCACCAAAGCACAGGGACCCUCUUUCUACCUCAACCCCCUACAAAGGGAUGUGUCCUGAUGUAGAGCUUGUUUCCCCUAUAAAGGGACUGACCCCCCUUCGCAACUCAAGUAACCUGUUUGACAGUGCCAUCUUUUCACCACUGUCACCAGGAGGAGCCCAUCGUCAACAACACAGUGACAACAUGAAGAUCUCUUCUUCCACUUACCUAGAGUCUAAAUCUCCAGGUUUUGGUUCACUGGGAGAUAUUGGAAUACCAGGGUUGACACCCAUUAAGCCCAAACCUGACAUUUUCAACAACAGUUUACAGAUGGUGAACAACCAAAGUUUCAGCAAAAUAUUUGCUGACAUGGGACCCCUGGAAACACUCUGGGAGGAAGGAGAUUCCCUGCCAAUAGAUCUCAGUUUUUCAGCCAUUAAAACAGAUGCAGAGACUGAAGAAUGCUUAUAGUAUAAAAGUUUGCAUCAAGUAAUGCCCUUGCACUGAAAGAACUGCUGGUGAAAAAAGGUUUAGUUUGUCACUGGUAUAUUAGUAGAGAAAGUUUGAUGUAUUUACUACAUGAGUGCAUGAGGCUUAGUGAUUAUCUGGCUUAAAUAGUGUGUAAAAUGUUCAUAUAUUUAGAAGCACUGUGUGUGUCAUGGUGUGCCUGUAGUUAGCUAACGUCAAGUGUUUGUGAUAUAUCUGCUCAAAAUUAAGAAUCAGGUAGCAGCAGGGUCUUCUUAUUUUAUUUCUUAAUUUGUUUUCAAGAAUUGUUAUCAAAUACUUCAGUGUCAAACCCUUUUAUGGGACUUCAGCUUAUUUAAUUCAUGAGCUUGAUAUAAGUAUCUCCGUGUUUGAAGAUUAAUUUUACAAGACUGUAUUACAUAAUUUAUUUAAAAUAUGUUUAAAUAUAUUGAAAACCAUAAUGCUCCUUGAUGUAAAACUGUCCAUGGAUGCCAUUUAUGGUCAUAGCAGUUUUGUGAUCCUGCCACUAACUAGAGUAGUAAAUUUGAAACAAUUGUAUUUCAAGAAUACAGUUUAGCAUAAUCGAAAUCUAAGAGAUUGCUACACAAAAUGGUUUGAUAGAUGAUUACAUUCUUAGAGCUCAUUUGAUGAGAUGCACUGUGUUUUGUUUAAACCUAUCCAAUUCUUUUUUUUUUCUUUUUGAUUGACAGUAUUAGUAAGUUAAUAUAUUGUAUGGGCUUAAGCACCAGAAUAUUUCUUGGCCAAGGUAUUUAUAUGCCAUGAUUUUUGUUUUAAGAGAGAAGCAUUUUGAGUUGAAAGAUUUUUUUUUUAAUCUUCAAAUAAUCUCAUUUAGUCCAACUCACAGCAGCAUGUUGGUGUAAGAAUCUUGCUUUGGGGCAAUGAAAAAAAUUCAUUCAUUGAUCACAAUAUAUCUUGAUUAAAAAAUGGCAGUCAUAGAAAAAUUGUAAUCUUCUUAAAUUAAAUAUUUUUGCAUGCCUAGGAUACAAAUUCUGUUCUAAGAUACAUUUUCAAAAAUAUGUGUGCUCUGUAUAAAUAACCCCACAUGAAUUAAUGGAAGUUAAACAUAUUUUUUAAAAACAUUUAUUCUGUAUUUUUUUUGUAAGAUUUAAUUUUUUUCCAUUUAUCAAAUCUUGGCCAAAAUCACUUCCCUACAUAUCUUCAGUUUGCCAAGGUUCUGCACUUCUUUAUUAUGUCAACCCGUAGAAUUAUAUUUUUUGUAAAGUUAUUUUGACUUAUAUUUAGUUAUUUUAUUUUUUGUAUUUUUCACUUGUAGUACAAUAAAGUACUUCAAAUGUGAUUAAUAUAACAGAUUGUAGUAUGU